AUGUCUUCAUCUAAAACUACAACAGAGAUCGUCAAAACAUGGCUUUUCAAUGCACCUUCACAUGGAAUUCGACCAAUAAGCAGAGCGAAAACAUUAAAGACACGACUUUUUUGGGCAUAUACAUUUUGGAUAUUUACAGUAUUAAUGUGUACUUUCAUUUAUACGAUUAGCAUGAAUCAUAUUACAAAUCCGAUGAAAAUUCAUCUAAGCAUAAAACACUACCGAGAUCCUGCUCAUUUUCCAGCCAUUACUUUCUGUAAUAUCAAUCCUCUUCAACACGAUGGCUUUAAUGAUGAUAUAAGAAAAUCUAUAUUACCAGGUGGUGAUCCAUCUUCGCGCGUGAACGAAACAGAAUAUCGGAAAGCUGUUUCAGAUUAUGUCAAUCGAAUUCUUAUGGCUCAUGUUAACGGUGAAGUAGAUCCGUUUGUUAAGUGGGGUUUUAAAUUAAAUGAUCUUCUUAUAAGAUGCAUAUUUAAUAAGCGGCGUUGUCAUCGAAAUUUAACACAGUUAUACCAUCCAGAUUAUGGAAAUUGUUAUACUUUUGAUAACGAUCAUGAUGUCGAAGACCAAGAACUAAGUGAUAUACGUCAUGAUUGGUCCGUUGAUGAUGACAAUGGGCAAGAUAAUUAUAAACUAUUUCUCGAAUUAUUUCUUCAUCAAAUGCAAUAUAAUGAAUAUUUUGAAAAUCGAGCAUCAUUUCGAAUAUUUAUUCAUCGAAAAAAUGAACUACCUGUACUAUCGCAAAAUAGUCUUUUCUUAGCACCAAACAAAUAUACAAAACUUAGUUUUUCACAAAGUAUCAAAUCAUUUUCACGGCAAUGUCGAACUGAAUUAACUGAUGAAAUGAAAAAUAUAUUUCGUACACAUAAUAUACGUUAUACGCAAGCAUUAUGCUAUAAAUUAUGUGAAAAACGUUAUCUCGAACAGCGAUGUCACUGUGUAGAACGAACACUAGCUGUUUUUUAUCAAUUUUUUAAUGAUAAAAAUACUAAUAACGCGCAUACAACAAGAAAAAGUAGUAUAUGUUCAAUGGGUGAACCGUGUCUUAAUGAGCGUAUUCAUUUUAAUUCAAGUGAAUCAUGUCAAGAAUGUUUGCCUGAAUGUGAAUUUAUUCAAUAUUCAGUUCAAUCAUCGUAUGCACACUAUCCAAACAUGAAGGCCAACAGACACGUUUCGAAACGUGUUCAACAACAUUUUAUUCGCGAUAAAACAAAUAAUGAGUCUUUAUCUGGUACACAACUCGCUAAUGUUUAUAUGGGUAUACGUGAUAAUAUUGUAGCUGUCGAAAUUUCGGCUAGUUCAGAUCCAACGGAAAUUCUCACAGAAUCUCCCAUGUAUACAUGGGUUGAUCUGAUAUCGAGUAUUGGUGGACAAACAAGUUUAUGGAUUGGUGUCAGCUUAAUCAGUCUCGUUGAAAUCGCUGAACUCUUAUAUUUACUUCUAAAUCGCUUCUAUUCUUAUAUUUUCCCUAUGAAAAAAAAUUAA